CUGUCCGCUGACAUCUUGAGCACACUCCCCUGGCCACGCAGCCUGGAUUUGGGACAGGAGCUGGGUGGCACACGUGGGUGCCCUGGGGUACAGGGCCCAUGCCAGUCUGUGGAAGAGGGCACAUGGGCGUUGGGUAACUGGAGCUCAGAUGUGGAGGAGCCAGGGGGCUGGCAUGAGUCAGGGCAGGGUGCGAUGCUGGGCACGGCGUGGGAGACGGAGGGGCUACAGACGCUGGGCAUCGUGGUGAUCGUGUGCGCCUCACUCAAACUGCUGCACUUGCUCGGCCUCAUCAGCUUCUCCGAGGACAGUGCAGAGGAUGAGCUGGAACUGUCAGCCGUGCGCCAUCGGCCAGAAGCCCUGGAGCAUCUGGAGGCCCAGACCCGCUUCUCUCGCAAAGAGCUACAGAUUCUCUACCGCGGCUUCAAAAAUGAAUGUCCAAGUGGUGUGGUCAAUGAAGACACAUUUAAAGACAUUUACUCACAGUUCUUUCCACAAGGAGAUGCAUCCACGUAUGCACAUUUUCUGUUCAACGCAUUUGACACAGACCACAACGGCGCAGUGAGUUUUGAAGAUUUCGUAAUGGGCCUGUCUAUACUGCUACGGGGCACAGUUCAGGAGAAACUCAACUGGGCAUUUAACCUGUAUGAUAUUAACAAAGAUGGAUAUAUAACAAAAGAGGAAAUGUUAGACAUCAUGAAAGCCAUUUAUGACAUGAUGGGCAAGUGGACAUAUCCUAUUCUUAAAGAGGAAACGCCAAAACAACACGUGGAGAUAUUUUUCCAGAAAAUGGACAAAAAUAAGGACGGCGUUGUCACCAUAGACGAAUUUAUAGACUGCUGCCAAAAUGAUGAAAACAUCAUGAGAUCGAUGCAGCUUUUUGAAAAUGUCAUUUAAUAGCCGGGUGGACAACAUACCUCUGGUGGCUGGUCGGCUCAUGCAAGCACCUUUCUACUCCACAUGCGCCAAUAUCCUCAUUAAGAUAAAUGGAUUUGAAUGGAAGGCAAACACUCAACCCAGAAAACACCAUUCUUUUGGGUUCAAAGCACAUUUCAACCCACAUUAAUUUCAUUACAGUUCUUGUAUAGACGUCAUGCUUUUAAUUAACCAUUUACAGCAACUGCCAUUUGAAAGGUUUUUGUGCAUAGCGUACACUGAGCACUUCCUACAUAGGAGGUCAUGCUGGAACGGAUUACUUUUAAUCUCCCAGCUAUGUUCCAUUAAGUGUUACCAAUAAUAUUGAAACAAAAUGAAAUUAUUGUUUUCAUUACCCCUUACAGCCAUAGCAUUUAUUUCUGCCCUUAAUCUUGUGAGAAAGACUGGGAACAUUAGUCUCAGUCAGUUCUAACUAUGUACUGCGGAGAGCAUGUUUUAUACACACGGUGCAUGUGGAAUCCGUUUUUUAUGGUUUGAUUUACUGUAAAAUCUGUAAAUAAGGGCCACAACAAAUACAUUGGUCCUUACUUCAAUUUAUGUUGUUAUCUUUUGUCAAAGCAUUUAAACAUACUGUAUGUCCAAAGGCACAGAUAUUUUGAUUCCAGACAUUUCUUAAGACAAGCAUUUUAGUCCAAAGUUUGAAAGACUAUGAAUAUGAGAAACAUUUGUUGAAUCUUUUUUUUUUUUUUUACAUUUAUGGCAUUUGGCGGAUGCCUUUAUCCAGAGCGAUUUACAGAAGUGCUGAUGAUGGGAAGGUUGAUCGGGGAAGUAACUGUAACUGCAUGGAAUUCGAAGGAUGAGAUGUUGAGAUGAGACAGGGAGAGAGGUGUGAAGUGUGAGAGAAAGCAUAAGCAGAGGAUAGAGCAGCCGGUGUAGCUGAGUUCUGUGGAGAUAUCCAGGUCUCAGUUAGUGCCAGAAAGUCAAGAGAGUAAAGGGAAGCUAAAGCUGAGAUUAAAUCAGCUUUCUUUACAGCAGACUGGCAAUUUGAGAGCCACCUACCACUGCUGUUUGAGACUGAAACAGCAGAGGAGGGUAGAUGAGGUUACUGGUAGUUCAGCCUCUGGUUUGUGGAUGAGAGCUUCUAGGUCUGAGAGAGGUGACAACAGAGAUACUGUAGGUUUGAAGCACAUGUCUAGUCAGGAAUGAAGUUAGUGAAUAUAGGGCUAAGAAGGAACUGGUAACACUUAACUGAACAAGAAGAAAUAAACACCACUAAACUUGAUACUUUAUCUAAAUUGAUGCUGCUAACACUAGUGUCUGUAACCUUCAAUAUAUCUUAGUAAGCCCUGCCCACAAUUCACACCUUAAGAGAGACUGAAAUUUCACUUGCUUAAUCACCUGAGAUUAGCAUAGACUAACAAACUCUUCCAAGCAACACUACUGAAUCAACAAUACUAUACAAUACAGCAAUUCUAGUGGCAAGAAUCUAGAUCCAACUGAGUCAAGUAGAUAGUACACAAAAGUCAGAAUCCUACCUUACCUGUAGAGAAUAAAUUCAAGAUAGAACACUGUGUAAAUUAAAUAAUUGCAGGUUUCCAACUUUAUUCAUGAAUAUUUGCCAAGCAUAUUAGAGUAAUAACGAAAUAUACUCAAUAAGAUACUGUGUCAUUAUUUUUAGAUUUAUGUUUUGAGUAGUACUAUUCUUAAAACAAUGGUAUUGCAGUUUGGUUUUAUUUACUACGAUUCUAACAUUGUACCGAACAGAGCACUAUUUGAGCCAUACAGUAUUUGAUUUGAUUCAUGAUCAUUAUGACAGUGUGUGUGCUAAGAACAUCCAGAGUCUGAUGAGAGGCACUAAUUUGUGCAGAUUCUGUGUCUUUAAUUUGGACUUACACUUGAAGUACAUUUUGUUCUAUUUCUUGCCAGUUCUGGCAUAGGAACAAUGAACAUUGCUGCUUUUUCAUUACAUUAUGUCGCACGCUACAAAGAGCAUCCUUUCAUAUUUUUUAUGUCAUUCCAAAGCAGUCAACCUUUUUCUCUGCCGGGUUUUUCCUCUCCUGUUUUCUGGCAUUAGAACUGAUUAGCUCCUGCUGGCUGAAUCAAAGAUGUAGGUAUAGCUGUGACUGGCUACAGCACAGACAGAACAGUGAGCAUGCUGGGUAGCAGAUGCAUGUUUUCUGUCUCCCAGUAGCAUCCAAGAGCACUUGUCCAAAGGCAAAAUUUCCAACUGCCAUGUAAUGCAAUUACCACCAGCAAUAUGCUACAUGGCAUGCACUGGGUUCUUUGAAAAGCAAGCUGAUUUGUGUAAAAAUUUUUAAAAAACUAUUUUAUGUUAGAAAUUGUCUCCAGAUCUUUUUGUUGGUACUGUGGACAUGAAAUUUAGAAAAAUUACACUUUGUAGUUAUAUUUUUUUAUAUUGUUUUAAAGAGCAUGUUUUUCCUGAUUUACUGGUAGGCAAUGACAAUUUAAUAUUGAAAACUAACCUAUAUUAUAGUUCAAAUAUUGUCUUCUCAAGGUAAAUAAGUCCAUACAAUCCUAUAUUUUCAAGUUAUGAAAAUAUAUAAUGGAAAAUGUCAUUUGUUUUCCGUAAUUUAAUUCAAAAAGUGGAACUGUCAUGUAUUCUAGAUUCAUUAC